AUGUUGAAAAAGCUGCUAAUUGAACACCAGCAGCUAAGGACUGAUUUUCAAAAAUUAGCAAGGCAAAUUGGGCAGUUGGUUGCACAACAAAAUAUCCAACCUGCUGGGGCCCUCCCAAGUGAUACUGAGAAGAAUCCCACUGAACAAGUGCAAGCAAUUGAUAUAAGAAGUGAGAAAACAUUGGAAGAGGUGCCACCUAAAAAGUAUGUGCCUAAAGAAGUUUUUGAAAGAUUGGUACCUCAACCGGAGGUAGAAGCUAAAACGAAAGAUGAUGAACACAUGCAAGAGAUAGAGGUAGGGCCACCACCACCUUUUCCUCAAAGGUUGCAAAAAUUGAAAGAUGCUUCCAAGUAUAAAAUGUUUUUAGAUAUCUUGAGCCAGUUGCGUGUGAAUCUACCUUUGGUGGAAGUGCUGCAAGAAGUUCCUAAAUAUUCCAAGUACUUGAGAGACAUUAUGGAAAAUAAAAGAAGGUUGAUAGAGUUUGAAACGAUUGCACUUACUGAGGAGUGCAGUGCUAAAUGUUCAAGCAGCUUGGGGGCUUCCAGGACUACUACUAUAACUCUACAGCUAGCAGAUCAGUCAUUAGCAGUGCCUGAAGGUAUUAUUGAAGAUGUGCUGGUGCGAGUGGGGAAAUUCAUCUUUCCCAUUGAUUUCAUUAUUCUUGACUACAUGGCUGAUGAGGAAGUUCAAAUUAUUUUGGGGCAACCAUUAUUGGCCACUAGAGGGGCACUGGUUAAUGUGAGGGAAGGUAAUCUCAAGAUGAGAGUACAUGAUGAAGCAGUAACAUUUAAUGUGUACAAGGCACUUAACCUUCCCAAGCAUUAUGAGGGCUUGUGCAUGAUUUUAGUAGUUGAACCAAAGUUAGGAGAGUUGGAUCGUGAUGUGAAUGUUAGUGAAAAGAAAAUUGAGCCCGAAGAUUUUCAGUUACUUAAAAUUGAGUAA